ACCAAACAUGUCGUCAACAGAUAUCGCUUCUUCGUUCGUCGAGGACGCUCCGCCAGGCGAGGCUCUGACACCUUCCGAGUCAAGUUUGAUUUCCAUGAUCUCUCCUGCCCUCACCAAAUACCACGAGACACAAUUCAGCGCAGUCAAGCUCCCGGGCAGUAGCGGCAGCGUUCUUGUCAGCGAGUACAACAGCCUGGGCAACAACCGCUACUACGACAGCGCAAACAACACCGCUUUCGACUUUGAUCCUGUUGAGCANAAGGCUUCCAAUGCUCAGAGCCACUCUCUCGACAGCCAAAACGCCGACCUGAUCCAGAAGCUUCACAAGGCCCUCUGUGCGCACGCCGAUGAACACUACCCUGCUGCCACUGUCGGUGUCUUCCCAGCCGAGAACGACUCCAAGAUUGCCCUUGUACUCGUUAGCAACAAGUACAGUCCCAACAACUUCUGGUAUGUCCAGCUUGGUCUGUCCCCCCAAAAGCACAAGACUAAUACAGGAACAACAGGNAACGGUCGUUGGCGCGCACAUUACCUGUUCUCUCCCUCCAACUCCUCCCUCUCAGGUGCCAUCAACAUCGACGUCCACUACUACGAAGACGGCAACGUACGCCUGCAGACCUCCAAGCCCGUCUCAAUCUCCAACGCCAGCGACGCCGUUCGCGAAAUCGCAAAGCUCGAAAAGAGCUACCAAACAGAAGUCAACCAGGCUUUCACAAAACUCAACGAGGGUGCCUUCAAGGGCCUGCGAAGACAGCUUCCAGUCACCCGCCAAAAGGUCGAGUGGGAGAAGAUUAGUGGCUACAGANCUUGGCCAAGACAUUGGUGGCGGUCGCUCCAGAUAGAAUCGCGAACAACCAUAGCUCCUUUCCCUGUUCCACAAUCAUCAUACCCGCAUGUCUUCCAACGAGCGAGAAGCCGUGUUUGCAGCCCGAAGUUCCGUGUCAAAGCUCCUGUCCACACCAGUGACCCCAAUUCC